GCGCCAGUCCAACGUCGACCGUUAACCCUUUCGGAAGGGUGUGAGCGCUCGUUACGCUCUCGCUCCUCGCGAUUUACGUCGAUGCGGUUUGCCUCCGCGUUUGAGUCCCGUGUUCGUUUAAUAUCGCGCGUUCAUAGUCGCGUCUUCUUCCUUUCUCUCUGUAUUAUCUCUUGAACGAGAAGGAAGACCGUCGAGGAGCAUUACCGCAGACCUCGGGGGACGUUGUUGGAGAAUUUCCUUUCUCCUUCCGUUUCGCGGGAUGAACGGAGACGCGAGGAACGAGCGAGCGGAUGCCGACGAAGUCGACGCCGCGUCGCUCGGCGCCGAUAUACUCAAUCCCUUCGUGCAUCGGCUCGAACUUGGCUCGACCUACGACAAGCUCAAGACAAUAUUCCUGACAAUCGCCCUCUUGCCGGUCAGACUAGCCGCCAUCACGACUUUGAUGAUACUUGCGUGGUUGUUGGCUUGUCUAGGUCUGCAUGGAGUGUCUGAGGAAGAUCUUCGGCGAGCUCCUCUUACAGGCUGGAGGCGAGACAUGCGCGUCGUGAUCUGCUGGAUGAUGCGGGCAUUAUUUCUCUGCGGUGGAUUUCAUCAUCUGAAGGUCAAGGGCCGGAAAGCGGAGACUAAGGAUGCGCCGGUACUGGCACUCGCCCCGCAUUCCAGCUUCUUCGAUGCACUUCCGGUCGUGUACCUUGGCGGGCCGAGCAUCGUUGCCAAAGGGGAGAGUAGCCGCCUCCCUUUCUUCGGAAAGCUCAUCAACUAUACGCAGCCGGUCUACGUGUGGAGGGAAGAUCCAAAUUCUCGUCAGAAUACCAUUAAGGAGAUAAUCGAGAGAACUACUUCCAAGGAGGAUUGGCCCCAGGUUAUGAUAUUUCCUGAAGGAACAUGUACAAAUCGGUCAUGCUUAAUUACCUUCAAAUCGGGUGCCUUUUAUCCCGGUGUGCCGGUACAACCAGUGUGUAUCAGAUAUCCUAACAAAUUGGACACGGUAACGUGGACGUGGGAAGGUCCUGGCGCAUUAAAGUUGCUGUGGUUGACUUUAACGCAGUUAAAUAGCAGCUGUGAGAUCGAGUUUCUACCCGUCUACAAUCCUAGCGAGGCGGAGAAGCUAGAUCCCAAAUUGUAUGCAAACAAUGUACGACGUCUUAUGGCGGAAGCAUUGAAAAUUCCCGUUUCGGAUUACACGUAUGAUGAUUGUCGAAUUAUUAGAAAGGCUCAUCAAUUGCAUCUACCACAUACGUCUACUAUCGUAAAAACUCAUAAACUUCGAUAUAAAUUGGGUUUAGUGGCAUCAAAGGUGGAAGAAGAGCUCGUUCAGAAGAAGACAAACAAUUUUGGCGAGGUAAAUCUGCAAGAAUUUGCGCAGAUUCUUAGACUAGACAAAAGGGAUCCAACCACUCAGCAACUGUUUCGUAUUCAUGACAGGCUCGGACAAGGAAAGAUCGAUCUUGAAGAAUACAUCUUCACUGUGCUGGCGACGGCGAAUGCAUCUUCGGAAUUAGACAAGGUCAAGAUUGCAUUCGAUGUAUGCGGUUCGAAAAUGACAAUGUGUUUGACACAGUCGGAACUCAGGAAAGCCUUGAGGUUAUCGUUACACAUGCAAGCGGAGGAGUCCAAUAGGAUUUUUCAGCAGGCCAGAAAGCAAAACGUUCACAACACAGUGGGCUUCGAGGACGUUUUGACAGAACUAUCGAACCGAACAGAGUAUGCGCAUUUAUUCAACGCGAGUAACGAAAAUUCGAAGAAAGCCAUUUGAAAGUGUCUUUUGAAGCCCGAUGUUUCUCCUGAAGAACAACGAGGCACAUCUUUUCAUAAUCCAAUCUGCUCCACUUCUGUAUGAAAAACGUAUUUAAGGUAUUUCGAGGUGAAAUUAUGUUGUCCUUUACAGAAAAGUUGCAAUCGCAUGUACGCGAUAAUUUAGACAGUUUUAGUGUUUUUCCUAUAAUCCUGUAAAUUAGAGAAAGUGAAUAAUUUAGCAAUAGGAACUUUGAAUUCUAAGUUUUGAGAAUUCUAAAUAAUGUUAAAGAUUUGAUAAUUUAGAAAUAUUUAUUUAAAAAAGUCCUAGAAUCCGAGGAUGUGAAAAUCCAAAGAUACACGACGUGAUCAUAGACUUCGAAGAUUGCGAGGAUUCUACUCUACGAUCUAGAGAUUGAAGAUAUUAAAACUUAAGAAUUAAAAGCCUAAGGAUCUGAGAAAACAACCAUCUUAUUAUAGUAUCGAUAUAUUUGAAGAUUUGAAUACUCAAAAAUUUUAGAAUAUAAAUGUUUGAGGAUCUUAUGGAUUUUAUUUCCAAAAAUGAUGAUCUAAGAAAAAUAAAAUUUGAAGGGAGUAAGAUUUCAGCAAUCUUCUUGCUGUAAAAUACACAUUAGUUAAUCCGUCACGAAAGCUUCUUUCUAACUCGAAAAGUUAAAAGAUUUCGAAUACGUCUAUGACAUAGGACGCGAAUGUGCAUUUAAGGCAAGGAAAGAGGAAGGGUAGAUAAUGGCAUAAUUUGUUUUUCGGCUCGAUGGUUCAUGCUGCGAUACAGACAUACAUACACGAACGUAUAUGCUAAGUUAUGUAUAUAUUUAUUGCGUACCGUAAAGUAUGGCACGUGUGUUAUGUAAGUAAAUACAUAUACACACAUACAUAUACAACACAGACACAGCCAUGCAGGGUGAAGUUGUACGAAUCGAUUGUGAAUACAUCUAUGUAUGCGCACGCAAUUGCAUUCAUAUGUAUACGUAUGUACGUAUAUAUGUAUAUAGACAGGAUAUGAAGUGUAAUUAAAGAAAGAUUGUACCCUUUGUAAUAUGUGUAUAUGAACAAAAUGGCCAAAGUGUGUUUAAGAGUGCGCAUUGUUAGUAGUUAUUCUAAGUUAAAAAUAUGUUAAGUUAUAGAAUGUUUGACUAUAAACCAGUAUGUUGAAAAUAACAGUAUUUAUUGAACAGAAA